AUGGACAGCCCUGACGCUGCAGAUGACUGUGGACGCCUCUCACUCUCACUUGUGUCUUAUGGCACCGAUGAAGAAGAUGUCGACUCAAUUACUGCAGUAGAGAAUUCCUCUGACACUUUAAUUCCUGAUAUUUUGACGGAUUCAACUCAAAAAGUUGGUCACGUGGCUGUUACUACUUUUACUGAUGAAGAGGAUCUUAUCUCGUCAAUUGCUAGCCAGCUUGGUUUAUCAGGUGUUACUAGUGAGAAAUUGAAAGAAAUUUCGUUUGCUCUGGAAAAAAUGAAAAUUUCUCAGCAAAAGUUCUUACAGUCAAAAUUUAUUUUGAGUGCAGUUUUAAAUAUUGCUAAGGCCCCGUCAAAACUGCCUCAACAGACUGUUCUUCGAAUCAAUCAGGUUAUUAAUCAUAUUAGCCUUAUGGACUAUGUGUCACCAUCUGACUUAGAUUCAACUGAUGGCAUGUUUGGGCUUUCACAAAAUUAUUUGGUAGAACAUUUGCCAAUUGAGCUUACAGCAGUUGAUAUUAAGAACAUACAAGAAGCUGUAGCUGACGACAUAGCUUUAAAAUUCCAAAAACUGAAAGAGAUGGACAUCAAGUAUUCUGAUAUCAUGUCAAAGUUCUCUGGGUCCGGAAGUUUUGUGAACAGUAAUUGUAUUGAGCAAAACAGCACUCAGGAAUUAUUGUCUCUUCGUCAAGAUCUUGAUCAUGAGAUUUCUGUGAAUGAGUCUUACCUAAUGGAAUCAGACAAGAUUUUAACUUCUCUAGCUAAAUUAAAAAUUGAGGCCUUUGAUUGCACGAGUAGCAAUAAGGUGAAACACUUCAGUGAGAAGUCUGAUGUACUGAAAUCGGAAAUCCAAUCAUUAAAUAAACAAAUUAUUAAUGGACUAUAUCAUGAAGAUCAACAUCUGAUUGAUGCUUAUACUCAUUUGAAAAGAAAUCUUGAUUUGGCUGUCAAUGAGGCAAAGUCACGGUUGGUGCAUCUUCAAAAGAAAGAUGCUGAGUAUCAAAAGCUGCGAGGCACCCAUUUUGAUCGUCUUGUGAAAGAAUACAAUGACCUUAAAUCUCAGAUUGCUCAGAAGGAAUAUGCUUUAAAUACGUUAGCUAGUUAAUCAUUAAUGUAGGAUUCAGUUAAAUAGCUGUAAAUUUUUAUUUAAAAAAAUAAAUGCUUGUCUCAUAGAAAUAA